AAUAGCAGGUGUAGAAUUGCAAAUAAUGUUUCCCCAUUUCAAUCUUAAAUAUCGAUGCGAACUUGCUUUUGAACUAUACUGGCUUAACUAAUAGUUGAAUUCAUCACGCAGGCGAAUAGACACGAUCGCACGUAAACUAAUACUUGUUUAAAACACACAAUCAAGUAAUGAUUAACUGAAAAGAAAUGUUUCUGCAUAAAUUUUAGUUGUUUCCUCAUAGCCUCAUAACAAUCAACUUGCAACUGAUACGUUAUCUGACUGAAUAUUGCCAGUCUGAAACCUAAAUAUAAAUAUAAUUGAAAUACUUUAAUACGGAUAUAUGAACACUCCACGGUUUCUAAGCAGCUACUAAUGAUAUAUGAUUUAAAUUGUUGACAGGCGAUCAGUAUGUUCGAUCCAAUUUUAAAGUGACAAUCCGUGUGUGCGUGUUUAAUUUUGCAAAGAAUUUUCUAGUGAUACCGUACACCACAGUAUACAUAUUGAAUUUUUUGGUAUCCUUUGGUGAUUCACUUCUGUAAUAAUAGAGUAACUACUUUGCGUGAUCACACAAAAUGUGAAUAUCAAAAGAAAAAGGCCGAUUAGUUUCACGGAAUAUAAAACGCAUGCGCCGAAAUAGAAAACAUUGUUAAUUUUCAAGUGGAAGGCGGUAGUAGUAUAUCAUUCAUACUAGCAAAGACAUAGUAUAUGUCUAUGAUACUAGUUACAGUCAAUGAACGUAAAACGUAAAUGGAAAAAGUUUAAUUAAUGAGGAAUAUUGUCAACAAUGUCGAUGCCACCUAGGACUCAGAGACAACAGUGCUAUCUAUGUGAUUUACCACGUAUGCCAUGGGCUAUGGUUCAUGAUUUUUCUGAACCCGUGUGUCGGGGUUGUGUAAACUAUGAAGGGGCUGAUAGAAUUGAAAUGGUACUCGAUGCGGCAAGGAAUAUGAAACGGAAUCAUGGGUUCCAUGACGGUCGCCAGUGUAUAAAACCUAUUGGACAAAUUCCCGGAACUAGAGCUAAUUUGGAACACUUUGAACAAUCUAGAGCUUCAUCUGCAGACCGUUUUGAAGGUAGGCAAAGAGGUGUAAUGAACGAAUUCCCACCUCGACUGACGAAUGGAAUUCACAACAGACCGGAAGAAAAUAUUGCUGAACAUUCAAGGGGACACAUUUUCCCGGUGUCUGUUAACCGUUCAGUGUUUCCAAUACACCCAUCGAUUCACAGCAGUGGAAUGAAUGUACCGACUCGACAUCCCUAUGGCGCAAUGCCGGGUACGAAUAUGGCUCAUGUUCCAACAGUUGGUACAAUAAAUGGAAAGAGAGAGCACGAUGACGAAGAUCUGACAAACAGUAGUUCCAAUGCAGACGAUAUUUUUAAGUUCAGUAGUCAAGAAGAGAUAGUUAAACGACCACCAAUGAUACGUGAUUCAACUAACCUCCUUUCUACGUCAGCACCAUUCGAAAUUCGAUUCAAAAAGGAUCACAAUAUUUACGGCAGAGUGUUUGCAUUUGAUGCUACUUCAAAAAAUGGAAUCGAAUAUGAGUUAAAAGUAUACAUUGAAUACCCUCUAGGUUCUGGGAAUAUCUAUACAAGUGCGACAAGUGUUGCAAAACAGAUGCACUAUGAUAGUAUGAAAGAAAUUGGAAAGGGACUUUCCUCUGGUUAUAAAUAUAUUGAAUACGAAAUGAAACAUGGGGGUGGAGACUGGAAAAAUUUAAGUGACUUCUUAUCAGAGACUGUGCGUUUCUUUAAAGAACCUGCAAAGCAGGAUCUUGUUCCAACUCAGUAUAAGCAUCCAAAUUUACCACCACUUCCCACACCAGGAAAUAUUCAUAGAACUUUACCAACUGGUCAUGCAAGAAUGAUCGGACACCAGGCAUCAUUUGAAAGUCAAAUUAAGAAGCGCAAAACAUCUCCUGAACCAGAAAAUGACUUCGGUGAACAAAGAAAGAGGCAACAAUGGAUUCAAAGCCAAUCGGAAGCCCUUAAAUUGACAAUUAAUUCAGCAACGUACGGACCUACAAGUUCGACUUCCAUGUCGCCCAAUGGAAACAACACUGUGACAUCAACACCCCCAGAUGGAGUAAAUGGACCUCAUAACGGACCAUCACCAAUGGCAGCUUUAAUGAAUGUCACAGAUAACAUUUCGUCUGGUUCUUGUUCUCCGGGCCGUAACAGCACUCACCAUUCCCCUAACGGCGUUCUUCCAAGGAGCAGAUUGACAACAGGACAUCCACAAAUAGCAGACGGAAUUAGUGGUAACACUCAUCCGGAGUCGUCAGUUUCAAGUUCAGAAUCUUUACGAUGUACACUUUGUCACGAACGUCUAGAGGAUACUCAUUUCGUACAAUGUCCAUCAGUUGCGGAUCACAAAUUUUGUUUUCCGUGUUCUAGAGACAGCAUAAAGCGACAAGGUGCAGGGACAGAAGUAUAUUGUCCGAGUGGAAAGAAAUGUCCUCUUGUUGGGUCUAACGUUCCUUGGGCAUUCAUGCAAGGAGAGAUCGCUACGAUUCUUGGAGAUGAUAUGAAAGAUAUAGCAAAAAUAAAAAAGGAAAGGGACACAUGAAAUUUAAGCUUAUGUACCCUGCCCUGGGUAUAUUUUUUCCUACGACACUGUUAAGAUAGAUUUUAUAUCAAGAGAGCACUGAAUUCUACAGUUGAGUUCAGAAUUGAGAACGAAGACAUGAUUCAUUGCUAUAUGUAAGUUGGAUUAUAUCUUGAUGUGCACUUUUUUUUUUAGAAAGGUGUGAAUGGAAUCAGGAAUAAGAUUCUCUUCAAGCGGAUGUCAUUUGUAUCCGAGUAACGUCAGACAGUUUGAGAUUUUCAGAAGCAUUUAGCUAGUGUACUGAAUGUCUUAUAGACUAUUAAUAGAUGAGCCGUUUUGAACGAGCUUGAUGUGUUUCGUUGAUGGGAGGACACAUGUAAAGUUAUGAACAUCAUUGUUGUUAUUUAUGUUUUAAUACUAAGCAUUGUGUAUUAUUGCUGUUUUGUGACAGUUAACUCAAUAAUUAUCGAGAAUUCGGACUCAUUUGACUUACUAAUAACAGGGGAAAAUACUCAAAAUGGAACAUGUUUAUUGACAAUUUCGUAAAUAAUGUGAAUCUUCUCGAGAACAUCGUUUCGAAUGAAAUUAGGUGACAAGCAUUUAACUUGAUUUAUUUGAACGUUAAACAUGUUAAAGGGGAACAAACUCAAUAAUGUAAUAUAAAAUCAAUUGAAUCGUAUAUUGGGUCAACAGAUAUUAAUUGUUUGUAUACAUCGUUAGCUGUUGCAAUCGUAUUUUUUAUCAUAGACACGAGUCCAUCAUAUGAAAUUUGAUAGAAAUUUGAAUUGAAAAAAAGCAAACAAACAAAAAAAAACCCGUUCCGGAACGUGUGCAAGCUGUGCAAGUUAAUAUACUGUUUGUAGAGACUGCUACAAAUAAAUAUUUUGUUCCAAUAUCUUUUUAGCAGAGACAUAUAUGAGGGUAUGGAUGGGGGUCUUUCAAUUCUGUAUUCUUUAAUUUUUUCGCUCAUUAUUAUUUAUCUUUUAUUUUUUUCCCCAUUUUUCUCUAUUCUUUAAUUUCUUUUGCCCAUUAUUCUCUAUUCUGUAAACCCCAUCCACACCCUCAUAUAUUACAUGGUAUUUUGUUGCUGCUUUUACCAAGCUUGCAAAGCCUACAACUAAUUUCAAAAUUUCUGAAGCUAAAUUUAUGAUGUGCACAAUUUUCAUUUAUCGAUUUUGGUGAAAGGACAAGGGAUAAGAAAUCCUAUUUUUUGGUCUCGGAUUUAGUUCAUGUCGACUUUAGUUUUCAUAAUGAAAUAAAUAGAUAUUUUAAGUUCCAA